GUAGCUGAGUAAGUAAAAAUAUCAUCGCUAAAGCUCACCCAAAAAGGCUUCUUGUCUUGUUGUCGGAGUGAAAAUGGCGUCGUCGUACACGCUUUCCUUUAUCCCUUUGACGGUCGUCGUUCCCCGGCGGAGUGCAUCAUCAUCAUCUCCCUCUUCAUUGAUUCCUCCUCCUUCUCUGAUAGGUAAGAAGCUUCUGGUGAAACAACCGUCGCGCCGCCGCUUCUUCGUCUCCAAGCACCGGUUCUUGACAUCGGCCAGCACCGUCUUUAGCGUCCCAACUGCGCAACCGGAGAAUGGUUCUUCGGACAAGAUCCCAAAAUGGUCGGCGAGAGCGAUAAAAUCACUGGCAAUGGGGGAAUUGGAGGCUAGGAAGCUCAAGUAUCCAACUACAGGGACCGAGGCCAUUCUCAUGGGUAUUUUGGUCGAAGGUACAAGCACAGCUGCUAAGUUUCUGAGGGGGAAUGGAAUCACACUUUUCAAGGUGAGGGAUGAGAUUAUAAAGCUGCUAGGGAAAUCAGAUAUGUACUUCUUCAGCCCUGAGCAUCCUCCUCUUACUGAACCCGCUCGCAAGGCCGUUGACUGGGCUGUUGACCAGAAGAAGAAAUCUGGUGUGGAUGGGGAAUUAACAGCAGCCUACUUGCUUCUUGGGGUUUGGUCUCAAAAGGACUCAGCAGGCCGCCAGAUUUUGGAGUCGCUCGGGUUCAACGAAGAUAAAGCCAAACAAGUGACUGAAUCGAUGAAUGAAGAUGUAGAUUUGAGCUUCAAGAAACAAGGUCAAUAGUGAUGAGUUUUUAUCUCAGUCUGUAACUGUAUAUGGAGUAGCAAAAGCAACUCCUUAUUCAACAAACCUGUCUCACUCUUAUCAAAUACGAGACACAGGCCAUCAUCGUUAGCAUUUUCUGUCUGUACACUUGGUUGCUGUUAAAGUUUUAUUUUAUUUUUGCAUUAGACACCUAUUCUGCAUCUUAUUAUACAAUUUACAACUUCAAAAUAUAAUUCAGUUGCUAUUGCUUCC